UCUGCUUGUUUUCUGCUUUUCACCGUGUUUUUCUUCCAAACACCGCAGAACUCCCGCGCCAGCGGUGCGGAUCUCCAACCACCGACCUCACCGAUCCUGGGGCGAUCUCCUUGUCCCAUGGCGCGGAUCCCAUCAUCCUUGAGCCUGGAGGACUUGGACCAAAUCUUGCCACAGAUCGUGGAUCAAGGGCUUCCGGAUGGUGGGGAGUUCGUGGUGGCCAACUUGAAUGAGGGCGAGCGCACCGCUGCCUUGGUGGCGGUGCUGGUGUGGCAUGGCUUCCUGCCAAUGUCGGGAGUCGGUCUGCUGCUGGGAAAGCUCCACAUCAAUCGUUGCGUGCUGGAGCCGCAGAAGACGCACCUUGGGAAGAAGGUGCGAAAGCGGGCGAAGGCCUUUCGGCUCACGGUCAAUAAGGCCUGGCCGGAGGUCGUCCGCAAGAUUCAGGAGUUGACCUACACCUCCGCUCCAGGGGAUUGUUGGCUCACCGACCAAGUCGUCAAAGCCUACCAGGGUGUGGAGAAGCUCGGCCCAAGGUGGCGAAGGAACAUCCGCUUCCUCUCGGUGGAGUUAUGGCACGCCGAGACCAAAGAAUUGGUCGCUGGCGAAAUAGGUUAUACCUGUGGCAGCGUGUACAGUAGCUGCACGGGCUUUACCUCGAAAGACCAGUACCCUGGCGCCGGCACCGUGCAGUUGGCCGCCUUGGGCGCGUGGUUGGCGAAGCAAGGAUUCCAACUUUGGGAUCUGGGCAUGGAGAUCGACUACAAGCUGGAGUUGGGUGGCCGCAUGGUCCCUCGAGCUGAGUGGGCGCAGAAGGUCCGCGAGCUGCGGACAUUGGCCAUUCCUUUGGAGACGCCUUUAGGUGACGAGGGCUCCGCCCCGAAGCUUCUGGCCAUGCUCCGGGAGGUGCCAGAUGACGAACGAGGAGAUCCGCCAGGGCCCAAGAGGCUUCCAAGGAAGACCAUCGAGUUGCAGCACCUUGAAAGGUGUAUAGAGUGUAUAGAGUUUGUUGUUCACUUUUGGAGAGGAAAGGAGAAGGAUAGUUCACUAUUGAAUUGACCUUGUAACUGCCUAUGUCACAAAAUGUCAGAAGCCGAAAUCGGUAGGACUGACUGUAAGGAAGCAUUUGCGAUUUGGACCAGAUGAGAACGGUGACAUGUCGGGGGGUGUCCUGCUGGUCGGGCGAACACCGAAGUUUUGGACGAACGGUGCCGAUUUCAAGCGGUCACGGGACCCGUCGACGGAAUCGGCCUGGUCGACGGAAUCGGAGUUGCGGCCUGGAUGGUCUAGGAAAUAGAGGGCAUGCGAAGAUUCUACUCCCCUUAGCAGAUCACAAAAGGUAGCUUUAGCUAUCUGGGUUGUCCUUGUUUCAACAAAAAUUAUACUUAUUACAAUCUGGAGUUGGGAUUGUGCAUUGGCUCUCUAAGGAAGGAUUCUUCAUCAUUAGGGAGUGGGGGCCCACUUUGCCGGUGGAUCAAAUCCCCCCUGUGCCGUUGCUGUUGCUCUUGUUGCUGCUUUUGCUGCUGCUGCUCUACCUCUUUCUUGCUGGUGCUCUUGCUGCUGGUCUUGCUAUUCUUAAUUCUUGCUGCUGCUCAUGGUCACACCUGUGACUUAUGGACCGUGACUUGAUUCUUCAUUGGCAGUUGGAAGAUGGAAGUGUGUGCCAAGACGACCGCAAAGGCCAAAGACGACCGCAAAAGCGGAGUUGCCGGCCAGGGAUGUCAAGAUGCCAUCAGAGGAGCCUGCAAUGGUUGGAUAAAAAAAAAGACAAGGAUGCCGAGUUGAUUUUGUGUCGUUUUCACUGACCACAAAGAAAACUGCGCGAGUUAUCUCAUGCUCAUUCUCGUUCCCG